GUAACAGAACAAACAAUUGUGUAUACCGGUUUGGCAGCACUGAGAAGGGUGUAUGACAGUUUCAGUCUGUAUUUUGCCUCUCAGAGGAGACAGGAAACUUCAACAGUUAUAGUGAAAAAUAGGAACAUGGCAGAAACCAUUUCACAGGAAAAAAUCCCAGCCAGCAUUGUUCAGCCUGGAGACAUGGAGAGGGUCCUACCAGAUAGCAAAGAAGUCUCAAAUGUUGAAGUCAACAACAAAGAAGCUGUAAAGAGUACAUCUCAACUGUCUGGUGAUCCAGAGCCAGAGGAGGUAAUGUGUGAUUCAUGUAUUGAGAAACCUCUCAAGGCGUCCAAAUCCUGCCUGACCUGCAUGGUGUCCUACUGUGAGGAGCACCUGAGGCCUCAUCUAGAGAACAGCAAAUUCCAGAGACAUAAGUUAGUGGAGCCUCAGCUGGACAUGGAGCAGCGCACAUGUGAACAUCACCAGCUGGAACUGCAGAUGUACUGUAUGAAGGACAACUGCUGUAUUUGUCCACAAUGCGAGGCAGAAGGACACCAAGGGCACAAUGUCACACCAGUAGAUGAGGCACGCAAACAUAUCGAGGGCGAGCUACAACAAAAACACAAAGAAAUGCAGAAGACUUUAACAGCUGCUGAACAGGCCAUUAACAGGCUACAAAACAACUCCACAUCCAUUGCAACCUCAGUACUUGGGGUUCAGGCUGAAAUUGAGAAGCAGUUCUCAAUCCUUCAAAGCGCGAUUGAUGAUGCCCAAAAGAAAGCUUUAGACCUUCUGGAUGGGGAACACAAGCAGGCCCUGAGUCAGGCAGAGAGUAUCCAUAGCCACCUGAAGCAGAAGAUGCUUGAACUGAAGAAGACCACAGCUCAAGUGGAGCGAUUUUCCAAGAAUAAGAAUCAUGUCGAUUUUUUACAGGAUUACUCAGAGUGGAAAAAGGACUCUGUGGAUGUGUGCUUACCCGGUAUUUACAUCAGCCUCAUAGACCGACUAACCACUUUUAGUCACAUUGUUAAAGAAUCAACACAGGCCUUGUGUGAUCUGCUGCUGUCAACCUACCAUGUUCAACUCAAUGAACUUUGUAAAAGUGACACACUGGGCAUUAAGACGUUGGUACAACCGAGUUCGCCAAUCAAGCGGCAAGCGUUCGCCCCUGAGCCUGUGGAUAGAGAUGACUUUCUUAAAUAUGCCACCAACCUGAGUUUCAAUCCUGACACCACACACAAGUUCCUGAGACUCACCGAAGACAACAGAAAAGCCAGCAACACCACACCCUGGCAACACAAUUACCCUGACAUGCCCGAGCGGUUUGAGCACUGGCGACAGGUGAUGACAUCAGAGAGCCUUUAUAUGGGCCGCCAUUACUUUGAGGUCGAUCUGAGCGGAGAGGGCACUUACAUGGGCCUCACAUACAAAAGCAUUGAUCGCAAAGGUCAAGAAAGCAGCAGCUGUAUCACAGGCAAUGACUUUUCAUGGAGCAUUGGACGAGAAAGCCAUGGCUUCUCAGCUUGGCAUUCUGGUGUAGAAACCUCUCUAGAAGUAGAGACUUUCCAAAGGAUUGGAUGCUACAUAGACUAUGAAAAGGGUCUGCUGGCCUAUUAUGGUAUAGCUAAGACAAUGAAACUUCUUAUGACAUAUACUGUUAGCUUCCGGGAGCCGUUAUAUCUUGUCUUCUGGCUCUCCAAGAAGGACAAUACAGUUGUUCUAGUUAAGCCAGGAUCAAGUUGAGACUUACAAUGAUAAACUAUUUCAAAUGAUUUUGAAUUAGUGCUACAAUGUUGUGAAUGAUACAUCCAGAGAUGAAACAUAUAGAGAUGUAUUUAUUUUUAAACUUUAUUUCAUGUGAUUUAUUUUAAAAUCUUAAUAAACAUUCAAUUUUUCUUGCCAUAA